CCUGCGCUGACGCCAUUGUGUAUGCGAGAGGCGAGAACAGCCGAAAUGGAGGAAAGUCAAACAUCGGAAAGUGUCGCCGUGCUACCGGACAUGUCCGAACCGUUGACGAGCGAGACCGAGGAGGCGUCUGCCCUAACGACCGAGCACGAGGCGCAUCCCGUCGCUGUGACGGCGAGCGUCACUCCAGUACCGGGUGUUCCUGGUGUUCCAGGAGUUGGUGUACCGGUUUCUUUACCCGUUGGUUCUAUCAUCGGUGUAGCGAACUCAACCAACGGCACGACCUUCAACGUCAUCACCUCGGAUCAACUACAGUUACCAGGAUCAGGACAGUUUAAACAAAUGCUAUGUGUUGAUAAUGGUUUCAUAUGUGAACCACGUCAUGAUAAGGAUUCAGAUCCAUUACGUUGGAAUGGAGAACUAAAAGCAACACACAUAGUAAUUCAAAAUAGUACAGAGGAACCUGAAUCUGAACAAAUACAUGUUUCAACCGCUAAUACACAACCAAUAUGCAGUUGGUCAGAAUCUGCCAAUUUAGCAGUAUUACCAGUUAGGUGUAAAAAUACAAAUGCAGAGCUGCAUAAAAGUCGAUUUGGGUCUGGUGGAAGAGGAAGAUGUAUUAAACUUGGACAAGAUUGGUACACACCAAGUGAAUUCGAAGCUCUUUGUGGUAGAGCAUCAAGUAAAGAUUGGAAACGUAGUAUUCGAUUUGGUGGAAGAAGUUUACAGACAUUAAUUGAUGAACAAAUUUUAAAGCCACAUGCUACCUCGUGCACGUGUGCCGCAUGUUGCGAUGACGACAGUGCAACUGGUCCCGUCAGAUUAUUUACACCUUAUAAACGUAGAAGAAGAGCCAGAGAUACCUCCGACGGAGAAACGCCGUCACGAAAACUUAAAAGUGAUAACUCUCGCGAUGGUAGUAACAAUGACGAAAGUGAUAGCGAAGUCGUGAUACCUGAUAAAGAAGUAUGGCCUCAGUUUGUUUCAACGGACGGUUUGGUUGUACAACAACCGCACGAUCAAGAUACCGUUGUCCAAAGCGUACAUCAAACUGAAAAUGGACAAAACGACGAUAUAUUUAAAAAACUCGACGAGAUGUCCAGUAAAAUGCUAAAGUUAGCUUAUGAAUUUAGGCGUACCUUAGAAGAAGCUAAGGAAGUAAGUAGACAACAACGAAGAGAACAAGCACUAGUUGCCCAAUUAGGAGGUAGAGGAGAUGUUAUUGAAACUGUUGGAUUACAACCAGCUUCGGAUACUCAUAAUAAAAAGUGUGCCAACUGUAAUAGAGAAGCAUUUGCGGAAUGUUCUUUAUGUAGACGAACGCCGUAUUGUUCUACAUUUUGUCAACGUAAGGAUUGGGCAGGUCAUCAAGUGGAGUGUGUUAGAGGUGCUGCUGAAACUGUAAUGCUUAUAGUAGAAAGUAGUGGUGGAGAUACUAGUACUCUUGCAACCACGGCCGGGGACCAAUAGCUAGUGUUUCUUACACCCAUUCACCAAAGGAAUAUAGAAGCUGAACAAACUAACAUAGGAUGUUCAACGUUGAAAGAAAAGACGAAAACUUAAGAGAAACUCGUUUAUUGACAAAAAGGUCAAAAAGUUCUGUAUAUAUGGUAGUAAAUAUUUUGUAUGUACAUAUAUUAAUUAUAACGAUCAAGUGUAUAAGUUUA